UUCUGACUACGGCAUGAAGCUGCCAAUCCUAAGGUCCAAUGCGGAAGAUCAGAUUCUGUACCAGACCGAGCGUUACAAUGAGGAAACCUUUGGCUAUGAAGUUCCCAUCAAAGAAGAAGGUGACUAUGUGCUGGUGUUGAAAUUUGCUGAGGUCUAUUUUGCACAGUCUCAACAGAAGGUAUUUGAUGUUCGCUUGAAUGGCCAUGUGGUGGUGAAGGACUUGGACAUUUUCGACAGAGUUGGACACAGCACAGCUCACGAUGAGAUCAUUCCCAUGAGUAUCAAAAAGGGGAAACUCAGUGUCCAGGGAGAGGUUUCCACAUUCACGGGGAAGCUUCAUAUUGAGUUUGUAAAGGGCUAUUAUGACAAUCCAAAAAUCUGUGCUCUGUACAUCCUGCAAGGAACAGUGGAAGAUGUUCCAAAGCUGCAGCCACACCCAGGUCUGGAGAAAAAAGAGGAAGAUGAUGAUGAAGAUGAAUAUGAUGAUGGCUCCAGUGUUAAAAAACAGGCAAAUAAGAACCGGGUUCAGUCAGGCCCACGCACACCAAACCCCUAUGCCUCGGACAACAGCAGCCUCAUGUUUCCUAUAUUGGUGGCCUUUGGUGUCUUCAUUCCUACCCUCUUCUGCCUCUGCCGGUUGUGAGAGCGAGCCCCACAGAGCAUCAGCCAAGGGGCUGGGAGGGAAGGAGUUGGACCAAACACGGUUGCUUUCAAUUUCUCCAUAUUGUUCAUAAUUUAAGGAAAAAAAAAAAAAGAAAAAAAAAAGUGAUGAUUCAUUUGGAAUGAAUAGCAGGUCCAGGUAAGAGGGAGCUUACCCUCCACCUGCCAGCAAGCAGCGAGGCGCUCGCCUUCCCCUUCGCACCAUCUGCAGCCUCCAGUCCUCCCU